GGAAGGGAGCGGCUUGAGAAAUACGUGUGAGCCGGCGAAAGUGUGAUUUAAACUUGGAAAUUGGUCAAAAAAUAUUUGAUUCUGUGACUCCACAGAAACAGAGAAGGGAGACAACUUCUUUUUCAACAUGUUCUCAUUUAUGAGCAAAAGUGACGGYGGUCGAAAGAACCCACAAGUCUUCGGUUCGGUGGUGGACGGUCUAAAGAAACUGUACAUGAGAGAUCUCAAACCCCUGGAAGAGUCYUACCUAUUUAGUGAUUUCCAUUCGCCUCCUAUGACAGAUCCUGACUUCCAUGCGAAGCCUAUGGUUCUUUUGGUUGGUCAGUACUCUACAGGAAAGACUACGUUCAUUAAGUAUCUGUUAGAACAAGACUUCCCGGGCAUUAGAAUAGGCCCUGAGCCUACCACAGACAGUUUCAUUGCAGUUAUGCACGGUGAUACUUCUCAGGUUAUCCCUGGAAAUGCCUUGAUAGUAGACCCAUCUAAGCAGUUUCGGUCUCUCAGUUCAUUUGGUAAUGCAUUUUUGAAUCGUUUUUGUUGCUCAGAGCUGCCAAACAAAGUUCUCGARAGCAUUACUAUCGUUGACACGCCGGGUAUUCUUUCUGGGGAGAAACAGAGUGUUGCACGAGGCUAUGACUUCACCACCGUGCUAAAAUGGUUUGCAGAACGCUGUGAUCGCAUUAUCCUCCUAUUUGAUGCCCAUAAGCUUGAUAUCUCUGAUGAAUUCCAGAGGGGAAUCCAAGUUCUUCGAGAUUACGAUGACAAAAUUAGGAUCGUUUUGAACAAAGCAGAUAUGAUAACGACACAACAGUUAAUGAGGGUCUAUGGUGCGUUGAUGUGGUCCUUGGGCAAAGUGAUCAACACACCUGAAGUUGCACGUGUCUACAUUGGCUCAUUCUGGAACGAACCUUUGCAGAUAGAUGACAACCGUARGCUGUUUGAGAUGGAGGCCARUGAUCUGUUCCGRGACAUGCAAGAACUGCCAAGAAAUGCAGCCUUGAGAAAACUGAAUGAUUUCAUAAAGAGAGCUCGWCUUGCCAAGGUUCAUGCAUACAUUAUUGCAGAGCUCAAGAGUCAGAUGCCUUCAGUUUUUGGUAAAGAUAAGAAAAAAGACCAGUUGAUCAACAAACUUGUUGAUGUAUUCAGAAAAAUCCAARCCGAGCACAACAUUUCCCCUGGAGACUUCCCRUCAGUGUCGAAAUUCCAAGAACAACUGAAGCAACAUGAUUUUUCAAAGUUCAAUAGUAUGCGUCCAAAACUAAUCCAACAUCUUGACCGUAUGCUGGCUUCAGACAUCCCACGUCUCAUGGCCAUGAUYCCACAGGARCAACAAGAUGAAGCAAUCAACAAGCCGUCUGUCACRGGAGGUGCCUUCACAGUCACACAUGCUACUAAUAAUCCUUUCUCACAAGGUGCUUGUGAAGGAACUGAUUUAGGCAAAGACUCAGAMCAUUGGAUUGUACUUGAUCACAAGUCUSAAUAUGACAAGAUCUUYGUAUCCCUUGUKCCAUCAGAAAGCGGUAAAAUCACAGGUGCAAAAGCUAAGAGAGAAAUGCAGAAGUCUAAACUGCCAAACACUGCAUUAGGACAUAUCUGGAAACUUUCUGAUAUUGAUCGMGAUGGGUGUCUGGAUGAGGAUGAGUUUGCAUUAGCUAUGUAUCUUAUCAAAGUCAAACUGGAUGGUAGUGAUUUGCCAGAUAAACUACCAAAGCACUUAGUACCACCAUCUAAAAUAGAGUUAGUGUUAAACAAUGAAUAGACACUAUGCAACAUUGGUACCUGUUGUGCAUCAUAUUGUAUAUUUUCCCAUAUGCAUUUAGGCAUGUCAACACUAUAUUUCCAAAAUUAUGAUAUCUACUAUGAAUCAAGAAAUAUUUGAUUAACAGUAGUAAUAACAAAGAAAGUUAUGCCAUUUCUACACAAUAUGGUAUAGUGUAUUCCCAUUCGUUAUGUACAAAGAUAACUUCAAUUUAUUUCAUGAUUUUGCAUGCAGUUUAAAUUAUGUCCAGUGAACAAAAGGCUAAAGGAAAUACAUGUUUUUUUACCUAAAGAAAACCAAAUUUGAAUUAUUGUUAUUUUAUUUUGAUAUAUAAAAGGUUCAUGUUUACACAAAACAUUAUAACCAAUCUAGAGGUAUUUUUAGUGCUGUUUAAGUGUAAAUGAAYUGCAAAAUGAAUUGUACACUUAUGUUGUAAUAGGUAAUUUGUAAUAAGUAUAUUUAGUGGCAAAGAAAGAAUAGUUUUGUGAUGAAAUUAUGUGCUUUGUGUUCUUUUGUACAUUCAGGAAAUAGUUAUUCUUUAUAGGCACACAUUAAAAUGGUAAGUGUAUUAGUUUUUAUUAUGUCAUAUGUAAUGAAACAUUUGUGUUCUUGUUUGCUCCCAGCUAAAUGAGAAAACAUAUCUCUAAACAUUCUUGGAAAAUGCAAUAUUGGUGAAUUGUAAAACAAGCUCUUGGGUGGAAAAAUAGCUUCAAACAUCAAAUGUUUGACUAAUUAAAAGUCUUUCCAACAUGUUUGAUUAUUAUAUUGAGCAACAUCAUGCAAGAUGGCAAAAUAGUAACAUACACAGGAAGCCCAAUGAUGUUUUAUGGUGUUUGGCUGGGUAGUUGGUACAAAAUCAUUGCACUUUCAUUGUUGGUAUAAUGCUGAUAGGUUUGUAAAACAUUUGCAUCUUUGUGAGGCAUAUCUUUUWUCAAGUCUUUUAGUAUACUUUAUAGAUGGUUUUUCUUGUCAGGACUUGAACUGAACCUUGGUUCCAGAGUCUCGAGUUAAAGCCCAUUCUUCACUGUUGUUGGUCAUGCUAAUAUGAAACAGGCUGGAUAAAAYAAUGKUGCAUGUACCAACACAACUGKGAAGGAAGAGCAAACCAUGUCUCUGGAACCUYGGUACGGGAAUUAUAGCUCAAGAAUGUCUUAGUUUACAGGUUGUGUUACAUUGUAUACUUUGUAAAUCAAACCAUAAUUCUGCAUUAAUYGCCAGGAUGAUUGAUGCAAUUUAAUAAAAAAGAAACACCUUUAAAA